GACCGAAUGCAAGAAAUAGUCACACAAGUGCUAGGGGGCCGACGAUCUGGUCACGUUAGAGGAAUGGGAUGCAGUCUUAUUCCUACCCCUUUAAGUACUUCAUCUCAAGCGUUCACCCACUUCGACAACCAUGACGAGUGUAGGAAAAGACAAGAAGAUACUCAAAGCGAGCUUCAACAGACUAGAAUCGAACUUCAUCAGUAUAGAGAGAAUUUGCAAGCCAACGUUGAGGAAACCAACAAAUUGAAAGCCACUGUUGAGUUCUUAAUGUCACGUAUUGGAGGGUUUGGAGGGAGCUUGCUUGGAGGUGCAUCAAGUGAAGCCAACAAUUGAGGGAGCUUUGGAAU